CAUUCGUUGAGGACUACAUCAUACUAUAAGACGAUGGCGGAGCUAUUAGCUAAUCAACAAUUAAGGGUGACUUAUGAAGAGAUAAUCACCUCCCUGGAACGAUUGUCUGUUGACACCGAAAAAAUCAGAGGAAACUUUGAAGAAAGGACUGAUUCCUAUGUCAUUGGAGUUACAAAGCUGCCAUUUAUGGAGUGGCUACAAGUCAACAUGCCUUCUCGGAUCAGAAAUGAAAUGAAUUUCAUUAGUGUUUUCAAACCUAACCGUACAAGUACCAAUGAUGCAGAGGAUGAUGAAAAAGAGAAAGAUGAAAAAGAGGAAGAUGAAAAAGAGGAAGAUGAAGAAGAGGAAGAUGAAGAAGAGGAAGAAGAAUAUCCUGUGAAUGUCCUGGCUUUGCUGAAAGCUUUUGAACAAGCAGUUGCCUCAAAAAAAGUUACUGAACAGUUGCUGUUUGAAUUAGCUGACAGAUUCCAAAUCACAUCAGGAAAGUGGAUGCUGAUUCCAGUCACGACAGGAUUAAAGGUGGAUCAUCUGUGGACCAAGGUGGCCUGGGCAAUUAUGGAAGGCAGCAUUCCAUGCCACUUUGCCAAAGUCUCCACCAUUACGGAUGAAGGGAUUGAUAGAAAUGAUGGACAUGUGAUAUGUAUCCACAAUGAAAAUUUUCUUGAUUUGGAUGAGGUGAAAGCCCUGGAAAGAGGUAUUCGAUCAAUAGGAUUACGAGGCAGGCUGUAUUACAAACCUGAUGUUUACACUUAUUGUGGUAUAUAUUCCAUGAACAAGUGGAAGAUACGGCCUACCAUUUACAAAAGUGACUAUGAUGUCAAAUUAAAGCAGUCAAGGAUUGAAAAAGUUACACUAGGUUGUCCAAGGACUUCAUAAACCCCAUGGAGUCAAUACAGUGAAAUCAUAUUCUCUUGAGGUUCAAAUAUUUUGGUUUUCAUAAAUAUAUAUAAUCUAAGCUUAACUGUUUACCAUUUCGUGGACAUGAGUACCCGCAAAAUAAAUGAAAAUUUUCCACCCCAACACCACCCCGACCCGAACCUCAACGCCUGAUGAAAGUGAAUGAUUUUUCAGUAGUCUAUUGUUUGAUUUUAAAGCAAAGAAAGAGGAAGUUUUUGAAAACAGUUUUAUGGAAAAAUAUAUCCUCAAAUAGGUUCAUCAAUAUCUUUAUCCUCCAAUCUUUUAUUUGAAAAUGUUUAGUUGUUAAUUAAGCGGUUUUGGGUUGAUUUGUAUAUACAAAUUAUAGUUUUACCAGGAAUUAUGAGUACUUGCUUGUAUAAUUAAAUUCUACACAUUACAUUCUAGUAUAUAUCAUUUCCAAUU